AAGUACUUUAGGGGCGUUGAUUAUGAAACCAACAAAACAUUAGCGCACAUAUGGCUCUCUAUAAUGAGAUAGUGCUGCUAGAGAUCACACUUCUUGCUUUGUGCUGAAUCGAAAAAUCAAGACCUUUUGCUCCUUUACUUCGCGAUUGAACCGCAGGAUAGAGUAAACCAUGCCUGAGGGUCCAGAGUUGUAUCUGUCUGCUUUGUUUAUCAACCGCAUUUGUGAAAACUUAAGUUUCAGUGGUAAAAUCAGACGUAAUCCAGUUCAUAAAUCUGCAGACAUUGUAUGGGAUGAACCAGAAUACACAAUCAGAGCUCAGUCUAGAGGUAAAGAACUCAAGCUGAAUUUGUUUGCAGCUCCACAGGAUGUUACAAGUAAUAAAGCAGGAAAACAGUUGGAGCUCAAAUCAACCAGUAUUCAUUUUACCUUUGGGAUGAGUGGAAAAUUUGAAUUUACCCCAGCCAAUGAACUACUGAAGCAUUCUCAUCUUACUUUUUUCACAAAAAAUGAGCCAAAAAUGGCACUCAGUUUUGUAGAUUAUCGUCGUUUUGGCAGAUGGUUUCAAGACAGCUCCUGGUCGGCAGAUCGAGGGCCUUGCAUUAUCCAAGAAUAUGAUGUUUUUGUAAAAUACAUUGCAGAUAACCUUCACAAUGUUGCAUUCAACAAGCCGAUCUGUGAAGUCCUUUUGAAUCAAAAAUUCUUUAAUGGGAUUGGUAACUACCUGCGUGCAGAAAUACUUUACAGGUGUGAAAUUCCUCCUUUUCAACAAGCGAAAAGUGUACUAAAGCUUCAAGAAAAUGGCACAGAAAUCAAACAGGAAUACAAAGACACUGGUGUCACCAUUAAAAAGGAGCUUGAAGAGAUGAGUGUAAAGCAACAAAACACCAGUGGCCAAGACACUCAGAAGGCUUCUAAAAGAAAAGGACAAAAUGGAAAGUGUGAUGAGAGCAGUGAUUGUAAAUACCUUAAAGUGGAAAAAGUUGAAGUGGAAGAAACAAAGGGAAUGAUGAAUGGUGAUGCUGCUGAAAGCUUUCUUGCUACACAUUUUGACAGCAAAGCACAACAGGUCUUGCAGUUGUGUCACAAGGUUCCUUUGGAAGUUGUAGAAUUAGGUUCUAAAAAGGAUUCCUUGUCAGAAAUGUACAGUGAUGAGAGUGACUCAUCAUACCGCAACUGGCUACAGUGCUAUUACCAGCCGGGUAUGAAGAACCUGGCAGACCACAACAAGAGAACCAUUUGGUUCUCUGGUCCCCCUGGUCCUAUGGUGCCUAAAGAACAAAAAAGCAGAAAACCAAAGACAAAGAAAAGCUCUUCUGAUUCAAAUGCCAAGAAAGAAAAGACAAGAGACGAUGAGGACACAGGAGGAGCAGAGAAGAAAGAAGGGCGGCUUACGAGAAGACAGCUUUCCAGUUCUAGCAAACUUGGCAAAAAAUCCAGCAAAGCUCAGAAAGUUUCAGCAAAAAAGAAAGAAAAGAGUUCAGAAACUGCCAGGCAGAAGGCAGCGAAAAAGAGUACAGUUGGUGCUCAGUCUAAUUCAAAUCUUACACUUGUGGAAAACAAAAAACAGAAACAGUCAAAAGAUGGCUCAAGGAUCACAAGAAGUUCCUUGAAAGGGAAAGUUAAAUAAAUGGUGAGCUUAUUUCAUCUGUGGUCAGGUUCAAUUAAUACCUGAGUAACGAGUUGAUUUGGAAUAAGGAUCAAGCCUGGCAUUGAUCUUUUCUAUGUUUGUGAGGGGUUCCAAGAAAACUCGUCUGAAGAUGCAGAAGGUUAUUCUCAGAUAUCCUGUAAAAUAGACGUAGAAGAUUAAGCUUUUUGAAUAGUCGAAAAUAUCAGUCUUAAACAUUUUCGUCCCACUAAAAGUUCCGUCAAAGCUCCCUCAGAUUUUGCAACGAAAAAAAAAACAUGCGUACAAAGAGUUGUAGAAAUAAGUUGAUCAGCAGUCUUCAGAUUUUAAGCCUCAUACUUUCAUUUUGGUCAAAUGUUUUUGCCUCAUUGUGGGCUCACUUACUUGAACAAAUUUAUGAAGCAGGUUCCA